AUGCACGUGACUAAGGGUGGCUGGGCUGUGCAAACAUUUGCCCUUGCUGCGAACGAUGACUCGAGAGGGAGGAAGUCGAGGAUCAGGCGUUCAAAAGAAGAAAGGAAGGAAAUGGUUGAAUCUUUCAUAAAUAAAUAUCAGAAAUCGAAUAAUGGGAAUUUUCCGUCACUUAAUCUCACUCACAAAGAAGUUGGUGGAUCUUUUUAUACGGUGCGAGAAAUUGUUCGAGAGAUUAUUCAAGAGAACAAAGUGCUUGGUCCAGCUAAGUCAUUUCUGAAGGAGCAUAACAACUCUGAGUUUCUGAAACAUUACCCGCUGGGAUCGAUUUCUAUUCAACCCCAGAUUGAUUUCUCAUCAGAUAAAGCUCAUGCUGUAAUUGAUAUCACACCUGAUGAUCAUCGGGUUAUAACUGAAAAGCACAUUUCUAUUUCUAAUGGGACAUUCCGUGGACCCGAGUCCUUUGCAUUGGAUAAUGAUGUGAAUGGGCAUAGUCAGGCAGUUCAGGAAAACAAAGGAUCAGAUGAACAGAGUACAAAACAUGGUGCACUCAUUCCUCAAGAUACCAGCGUGGAAGAUGUCUCAAAAGAUAGUAAGCAGUUUUCUCAACCUAAGAGUCAGGAGUUUGAGAAUGAACAAAUUGCUAACACUAGUGUUGGGCCUGGAAAUCAUCAAGAAUGUGAUCGGCAAAUUUUUUCGCGAUUUAGUGGGGAAGUUUCUGAACCAGGGACUAAGAGACUUAGUGAUGAGCAAAUUUUAUAUGUGGAUCGAAUACUUGAAAGAAAAACCAAAGAAUAUGAAGAGCUAGUAGGUAUGGAGUCAAUAGUGAGGGAGAGUACAGGUAGAGAGAAAGUUGGAGCCGAAGAACUGAAAAAGUCAGAAGCUGCAAUAUCUCCUGUUAAUGCUGAUAUGGUUAUGGAGAAAUUCCCAAUGAGGCCUCUUUCUACAACUCAUGAUGCAGAUGGAGGAUCUAGUAAAUCAAGUGAUGUCACUGGAGCUUUGGGAUAUGGAGCAACUCAACAUGACAGAAUAUCUUUUGAAAGCUUUUCUGGUUUGAUAAAUGAAAAGGUGGAUGAAAAGUUUCCCGGUUCAACAAUGAAAGGGAACAGUGAGUUCAGGGAUGAAAAACCAUUGAAACACAAAGGCCCGUCUUUGGAAAGUUCAAAUUGCUGUGGAACAGACGAAGCUAAUGCACUUGAUAUUCGCCACAUUAGAGAUGUUGAAGUCAAGCACUCCUUGCCUGAUGGAACCACGGCCAGUGACUCUCCUGAACAGUUGAUUUCUACAGAGUCCACUGCAGUCAUGGAAAAGCUUAACAUCUCCUACGACAACUAUCCGAAAGAAAAUAACACAAUUAGCCAGGAAACAUCAGAAGGAACGUCAAAGAAAACCUCUGCACCUGAAACUAAUUCUCUUUGGGCUCUACUUAUAGCAUUCCUGUUGGCUUUUGUGAAGUUUUGGACUAAAUAA